AGCUAUCGGCGCAAAAAAGGAUACAAGAUUACAAACUAACCCUCUCCCAAAGAUAUAAAAAUAUAGUAGGAAAACACCCAUCACACAUCAAUUUCAUCCACGUCAAUCCCACUUUCCACAUAUACAUCAAUUCCAUCUACGAAAAAAAAAACCCCAAAUCCAUCACAAUGUCCAAGCCAAGCAUCCUCUUCGUCCUCACCUCGCACAACAAGCUCGGCGACACAGGCAAACCCACCGGCUGGUACCUGCCCGAGCUCGCGCACCCCUACCACGUUCUCCGCAACAAAGCCAACAUCACCGUCGCCUCGCCCAAGGGCGGCGAAGCGCCGCUCGACCCCGCCUCAGUCGAAGCCGCCAAAGACGACGUCUCGGUGACCUUCCUCAAGAACGACGAGCAAGUCUGGAAGACGACACAGAAGCUCUCCGACUUCAUUGGCAAAGCGGGCCAGUUCGACGCCAUCUUCUAUGUCGGCGGCCACGGCCCCAUGUUCGAUCUCGCCGACGACGCCACCUCGCAGCAGCUCAUCAAGGAGUUCUGGGAGGCCGGCAAGAUUGUCUCGGCCGUGUGCCAUGCGCCCGCUGUACUCUACAAUGUCAAGCUGAGCGAUGGAAGCUUGCUGGUUGCGGGCAAGGAAGUCACUGCGUUUACGAAUGCCGAGGAGGAGCAGGUCGGGUUGACCAAGGCGGUGCCGUUCUUGCCAGAGGACGCGCUGCAGAAGGCGAGUGGCGGCAAGUUUGUCAAGGCGCCGCAGCCGUGGGGCGAGAAGGUGGUUGUGUCCGGCAAGCUGAUUACUGGGCAGAAUCCUGCUAGUGCGACGGGUGUGGGUGAGGCGCUUGCUAAGGCGUUGGGUAUCUAGGGUUAUGAUAGUAUGAAUAAUGUAUUAGUACUGUAAUGAAGAACAUGCUCUGACGAAGCAAUCAU